CGUCGUGAGGACGACACACGUAUCCGUUCAUAACCUCCGCCAUUAUUCAUCGCCCCCUCCCCCCCUGCAGGGUCUUGCCGCUUCCUCGCCACCUGCCUCUCCUCCUUCUUGCCUCGCGCUCGCUCGUGCCAAGCCCAGCCGCAGGGAAGUAAACAAACAUGUCGGGGAUGACGAGCGGCGUGUGCGUGGAGAGCGAUCUGUCCUCGGUCCUCCAGCGAAGCUCCGCCUCCUCGCACCAUCAUCCAAAUCACCAUGGCUACGGUGCACAGGGCCAGGUGUCCACACUGGCGCCGGUAUUGGACUACAGCAGCGAAAUGGACUGCUACCGCUCGUCUAUCGCCAGCUUCUACAAGACCAACGUUAACAUGGAUGUCACCAGCUUCCCGCCGUCCGCCAAGCUGGCGGCCCGAUUGGCAGCGGCUGCCCCCAUCUUCCCACCUGCAGCCACGAGACUGGGCGCCAUGGCGGCAGCGCCCUGGGGUUGCCACGACAACAUGAACCAUCCGGCGGCAGUCUUCUGGGGCCGGCCUAAGCCCGCCGCCACGCAUCACCACCACCACCACCCAACUCCAACCACACCUUCAGGUCACAUGACCCCUUCACACCCCCACAGCAGUGUCAUGCACCAGGGCAGCGGGGCACCAGGUGCGGUGGGAGGUGGACGUCCCGACGAGGGUGGACGGACAGAAAAACAUUCACUUCCUGUUGCUCAAACACCCCACCACCACCCUAUGGCGCCGAGCAAUGGGAACUUCCCGCCCGGCUAUGGAGGAGGGGCUGACUGUGGCAUCAACAAGCAAGGACAUGCCCACCCAGAUGUGAUGGGCCUGUCAGAGGGAGGGAGCUGCAACGGGGGAGGGGUUCUCGGGAGCAGCUUCUUAGGGGGCCUGGGCUUACCCCCGGGUGUCAUUGUCAUGGCGAUGGGGUCGGCCGGGGGUGGGAUUUCAGACGCCAGCAGCGCUUUCCAGAUGACGGGCAGCCAGCGAGGGCCGGCGGACUGCCAGCAGCACGCCAACACUUCCCCCUGUCCCGCCUCUACCUCGCCCUCAGGUGUGACUGCGGGGGGUGUGGUCUUGUCAUCGUCGUCAGGGGCGGCAGCCAAGAGAAAGAGGAAACGAUGUGGCGUCUGCGGGCCGUGCAGGCGCCUUAUCAACUGCGGUGUGUGUUCCUCAUGUCGCAACAGGAAGACAGGUCACCAGAUCUGCAAGUUCCGGAAGUGCGAAGAACUCAAGAAGAAGCCGGGGGGAGGCGGGGGAGGGGCACUGGAGAGACCGCCAUCUGUCCCGACCGGUGAGGCCUUCCGUUGGUUUUUCUAGUCAGCCUUGGAGGCCAAACAGGAAGUGGUCAUCACACUGGACUAACGUGUGUGAGUGUGUGAGAGGGACUGUUGACAGCUGCUUCCUGGGGGCUGCUUGCCGUAUAUGUCAUUAGCUCCACCCUCCCCACGUGUGAGCAGAGGGCUCUAAGUGUGGGCGGGAAUUCAUGCUAACGUCUGACACACAGCGUGGCCGUUCUUGUCGGGACUCCACCUGAAACGCUCGGCCUCCAGAGGUGAAGCGUGUGAGCUGAGCAGGAGUUCCACCACACAAAGGACUACAACAUGGAGGACUACAAGUACCACAUGACCUCCACAAACGUUCCUCUUCGAGAAGCCUCGAAUGGAUUUCCUGUCUCGGACACGACUCAGUGUUGUAGUUUUAUGACCAAGUCGAGAUCCGGCAGACUUGGACAAGAACCACGCAGGCAGCUUUAAACAAGGAAGAAAAUGUCAACACCCUCUUUCAAGAGCCCUACCAUGAAGACACUCACACACACACACACGUCAGCUGAUUGCUUCACAUUGAGUGCUCAUGUGAACAACAGUGGUGCGAGGCAGAACGCUGGUUGUCCUUGACGACGAGCACCGUGUUGCUAAGCAACUGCUAACAAUGGACCUGAUAAUGUUCCACAAUGUGGGCGUGGCCUGAGAGGAUGGAAAGGAAAUGCUUGGACACAAUGAUCCCUGACAAGGUUUGUCAGAGAGGGUGGGAGUGCGCGAGAUUAACACUUCCAGAGUUUUUUUUUUUUUCAAGCUUCACAUUGAAAAGCACUCGAGGUUGAAAAAAGUUGACCUUCAUUUUGAAGCCACAAGAACUGCUUUAACGUGCCAUCUAGUGGCAGGCAAACAGACAUUGCAGCUGAAAGGAGGACAAGAUCCAGUAGGAACGUGUCACUAUGGCAACAAGAUGCCAAGCAGUGGCACAGUCAAAAAAGAACUAAUUUCCAACACGUUUUUGCCAACAUUUCAAUAAAACUCAGGUCUAUAUGCAUCCCACUGCACCACAA